AUGGGCGAAUCAAAGUCCAGACUGAUACUGGAAGGUGUGGCUGACCUUUUUAGACCGCACGGCUUUUUGUCAACGCCACAUGGCCGUUGCCUGCACUGCUGCCGUGGCUCUGCCUCAACCGAGGCGUUGGUAGGCGUCCAGUUUCCGCACACCAACGGCCGUCCAACGGGACCGGGAAUUGCGGAAAACCACUGCUCUGGUCUCGAGCGAAAGGAACCGGGUGGUUCGGCAAAACCCGGUAUAAUUACAAAUCGAGCGUCGGGCUUGGCAGAAUUUCCCAGUCCAGACUACGACCUACAGGCAACCUCUCGUUUCGGUGGAGAUGGGGGCUCGGUGAGUUGGGGCCGACGGAGGGCGGCAGGUUUCACCACUGCCCCGAGGUGUGAGGCUUUACGAUCUGGCCAAAGUGAACGGCUUUCUUUUGCAGGCAAGAAAAACCCGGUUGGCCGGCGCUGUUGGUCCGGCACCGGGACACUUCAAAACGGGAAAGGUGAAACGGCGUUUUUGCAACCUACAACUUUGGAAUGCUCCGUCGGCAUGGCGAUGUGA